AUGGUUACUUGUAAUUCAUCCUACGUAUCUCCACCUACACCUCAACUAAUUCUACCUUUACAAAUAACAUAUCCAAUUGCAACAACAGAUAAAUUAACUGGUAUGUUGAUGCCCUAUCAAACUCUUACCGAGUGUUUAAAUGGUUUUUUUGGAACGGAAUGUGUGGAAACAUCAACUUGUGUGGACUGUAAAAACGAUGGAAAAUUUAAAACAAUUCGUAUAUUUGAAAUAUCGCUAGUCAUUUUCAUUCAACUAAAACAAUUUAACAGCCAAAACGAGAAAUUAACAAUACCAAUUAAAUUUGAACCAAAAUUAAAUUUGAAUAGAUAUUUGGGCAGUGACCGAUUGAGUUCAUUAUCUGAUUAUUUACUGUAUGCUGUAAUUCUUCAUUAUGGAUCAGGUGUGCGAAAUGGUCAUUAUGUUAUUUGCGUGUUAUCGGAUAACAACAACUGGAAAAAAAUUGAUGAUCACCAAGUAACGAACAUUGACAUUGAUGAUGUUUUGAAAGAAAAUGAAAAUGCAUAUAUAUUGGGUUAUGUUAGACAUGCCACUACAUGUACAGAAUUGAACACAGAAACUCAUUCAACAUUUAAUAAUGAACCAAAAAAUUUGUCUUCUACAUACCGUGAUUCUACAGGUGCCACAGCAAUUGGAAGUGAAGAAAAUUUACUGGGAAAAUCUGAAAAUAAUAUUGAUAUAGAUGAAUUAUAUUAUAGUACUACAUUAUCAGACGUCGGCUGUUUACGGCAGAAAAAUGAUGUUCAACAACCCAAAGGAGAACCGAAUAGUGUUUCUGCUGAUUUUAAUCAAAUUGAUACAAUGAGAGCUGGUCUAGGUUUAACAUUUGAUCAAGAGAAUAAAGACAAGGAGAAAUCUUGUGUGAAAGCUCAGAAGAAAAACGAAAAAAAAGAGAAUCAGUUGAAUGUAGUAACAUUGAACGAUGAACCACUCAAUGACAAUGAUCAAUUUCUAUCAGAUCACGAAACAGGCACGUCUUUUUCAAUUUUAAGCGUCUUAUAA